AUGCAAACGUUUCGGUCAAUAUCACUUCGUAAAAUUACUAAUUCACCCUUCGAUGUAUCGGACCAAACACUGCGCUCGGAUCUUAGACUACAGACUGUCGCCGAAGUGGCUGCGUCCUCUUAUAAUAGUUUUCGUACUCGCCGAACUAACCACCCAAAUCCACUUAUUCGUGCACUUAAUUCAGCAAACGUUCCUGGAAAUCCACCAAGAAGACUCGAGAGGCGCUGGUGUCGCGAUUUGGAUGAAUAA